AUGCCAUCCCAAGACCCAACCCCCCUCCCAGCUCACCUCGACCCAAAAACCUACCCACGCACCCACAACUCCACAACACAAAACAUCCACAUAACACUAACCUACAACACCCUCGACGCAACCACCUACCUAUCCCAAACAUCUUCACCCGCCGCCGGCGCCAACAUCCUCUUCCUCGGCACGACGCGCGACACCUUCGAAGGCCGCUCCGUCUCGCAGCUCAGCUACACAGCGUACCCGCCUCUGGCGCUGAAGACGCUAGCGGGGAUCGCCGAGGCCGCGGUGAAGACGCAUGGGCUGGAGGGCGUGAGUAUUGCGCACAGGCUUGGGACAGUGCCGAUUGGGGAGGCUUCGAUUGCUAUUGCUGUUAGUGCGGGACAUCGGGGUGCGGCGUGGAGGGCUGGUGAGGAGGUGUUGGAGGCUUGUAAGGAGAAGGCGGAGAUUUGGAAGAGGGAGGAGUUUGUUGAUGGGGGGAUGGAGUGGAGGGCUAAUGCGGAGAGGGAUGCUGAGGGGAGGGUUUUGGGGGCUUAG